UGAUAUUAAGGCGCCAAAACAUAACUCUCAGCAUAUUCAUUUGUUAGAAAGGUUAUAUGAACGUUUUUCGCGGUUUAAACAAAACAAUCAGCAAUAAUUAGUAACAGUCGUGUUUUAAAUCAAUAAUGAAGUGUUCAAUUCCAGAGAUUUCCUGGCACAAUCGAGAACCGGUGCUUAGUAUCGAUAUUCAACCGUUAAACACCAUUAACAAUGAUUUCUACAGAAUGGCAACUGGUGGUAGUGAUAAUCUAGUUUUGAUAUGGAAGUUAGAAGUUCAGCCGGAUUAUGAAAUAAAAGUCUCAGUGCUUGCUGAACUAACGCGGCAUCAACGUUCGGUGAAUUGUGUAAAGUGGUCACCAAGUGGAGAGUUGUUAGCUUCUGCAGAUGAUGAUGCAAAUAUUAUUUUAUGGCAAUUGAGGACUGACAACAUUCCAUCUUUAGAUGAAAGGGAGGAUGAGUUUGAAGAGAAAUGGAAUGCAUUGAAAGUACUGCGAGGGCACAAGGAAGAUGUGUAUGACCUUUGUUGGUCACCCAUGGGUGAUAAGUUACUCUCUGGCUCUGUGGACAACACUGCCAUUCUUUGGGAUAUUGCAAAAGGACAAUCUGAGUUGAUUUUAAAGGAUCACAAAGGUUUUAUUCAAGGGGUUGCUUGGGAUUCCAAAAGUAAUUACAUCACGACAUUAUGCAGCGACAGAGUAUGCCGUGUUUUUGACAAAGACGGCCGACGUUUACGGGCUAGAAUUUCUCGUGGUAAACUGCCAGUUGAUGAAGACAACGAAUUUUAUGAGAAAGAUGUUAAAUACUUUCAUGAUGACACUUUCAAAACCUACUUUAGAAGAUUGAAUUUUACUCCAGAUGGCAGUUUACUACUUGUGCCAUCGGGAGCUGUGGAAACUGAAGAAAAAAAGAACGCGUUCUUUGGAACGUUUGCAUUUACUUUAGAUGCUUUAAACGAACCUGUAUGUGUUUUUCCAAGUGGGAAACAAUGCUCUAUAGCUGUAAGUUGUUGCCCGACUUUGUUUGAACUCCGGGAAAAUGGUCCCAAACCUGUAAUUAACCUGCCCUAUCGGAUGAUCAUCGCAGUUGCGACUGAUAGCGAUGUCAUUCUAUAUGAUACACAACAAAUGACACCUUGUGUGCAAUUGCAAAAUAUUCAUUACACCCGUCUCACUGAUUUAACAUGGUCUAUUGAUGGUCUGAUACUUGCUGCUUCGUCUACCGAUGGUUUCAUAACACUUGUUUCGUUUGAAGAGGGCGAAUUAGGAACUGUGUACGUUACAGAAGAAAGUGAUCUCGAAGAUUCUGUUUUAAGUACAAGCGGAUGUGGAUCACUGUUAUUAGAGAAUGAGACUGAAGCCAUACAUAUGACAAAUGGAGAUAGUAUUAAAGAUUCAUUUGCGCAUAUGAAGCAUAAGAAUGAUGAAGAGUUGGGUAAGAAAGAUAUCGAAAAAGAUAAAAGUUUUGAAAUUACUGAACAGGUACCGAAUAUGGAGGUUGACGUGCCUAUGACUACAGAUACAGUUCAUGAAGUUAACGGCGGACAGAAAAAGAAGAGAAUUACGCCAAUUUUUAUUUCUAAGGAGCCAAAGAAAAGGUGCUUAUCACCAACACAAGUUCCGAUUACUGUGCUUGACAAUGCAGAAAACAAAACAAAACGCCGCAUUCAACCUGUCAAAAUUGCAGACGUGAGCAAAGCAAAAGUAAAUGAAGUAAAUGAUGAUGUUUCUCUAAAUGUAGACGAUAAAUUGGGAGAUGUUAAUAUAAUUAAACCGCUUUUGAACACGUCAGCAAUUCAAACAUCUGAAAAGGUCCAGAAAACCAAUGAGGAAAUUUUAACACCUAGUGCAAAAACGAGGAAAACACCAGUUUCAAAAUCUUCGUCAGCCAAAAAGACGAAACAACCUGUAUCCGUAAACAACACAUUGUUCAACUACUUGAAACCAAUCAACAAAACGCCAUCUGAGGAAAAAACGACCACAGAAAAUGAUGACAAUCAGAAAACUUGUUUCAAGCCCCAAAAGUUAUUUGCAGAAGACCCAGCAGCCGAUUCGGGGAAAAAAAUUAAAGUUUCCAGUUUAUUUAAGGCACCAGCUAAAUCUUCUGUUCCAGCACCUGUUCCCGCUGAUUUACUACACAAUAUAAACGAUGUUGACACGAUUGAAAACGAAACUAAGCAGAGUUUGCAAACAGCAGUAGAAGAUAAAUUGACUGAUGAAGUGGCUUUGAAGGGUGAAUCUCGACAUCGAUCGCCACUUAAUACUUUAUCGAAACCUCCUCCAAGUUCGACACUUUUGGAAGAUACAACGGACAUUCCCGAUGAUUUUGUACUCCAGGUGGAGGAGGUUACCAUUAGUGACGACUCAAAAGAAACUAUUGAGAAAGAAAAUGAAACUGAUAUAGAAACUCCUGAGCCGAUUGAGAAGAAAUUAGUUAAGGAAGUGCCGCUGAAAGUUGAGACAAAACGUCGGAUUCCGCUCAUUACUUUAUCAAGUCCGAAAAACAAAAAGAAACCGAGCACUUCUGACUGAAUUUUAUUUUGAACAUGAUGUGAUAACGUAUUUAUAUAUUGCUAGGUCUAUUUAUCAUAUUCGAACCAUAAGUCCUCUGAUAAACUGGGAUUUAAAGAAAAUUGAUUCCAGUAAUUUUACUCCUGUUUUGUAUUUGUAAUCAUUUGUUAUAAAGCGAUUGUUCCAUCAGUUUUUACAAAUAUCACCGUAAUGUGAUGUGAAAUUUCAUCAUUGUAUUAAAGAAAAGAAAAUAA